AUGGCAGCUCCGGCCAACACCGACGCUCUUGGCUUGCUGAGCGCCGCUCUCAACUCGUCCGACAAGCAAGAUGAAGCGCGUCACCUCUCCGAGCUUCACAAUCUUUUAAAAUUACAACCUGGCAACAUACCGAUCCUUUUACCGUCCCUCAUUUCUCUCUUGCCCAAAGCAAGCACGUCGCUUAGAACAUGGAUUGCCCAAGUCAUGGACCUCGCCUUCUGUCGGCCCGCCCUCUCGCAAGACACAAAGGCCACUCUCGCAGUGCAUGCACCUGAAGCCAUCCUGUUGCUCAUCAAAGAUCGGGAUCCGCGUCUCGCCAAGAUUGCUGCACAGUGUUUUGCCAGCAUGUAUCCUGUCCUUUUCCGACUUGUCUGCAACGACCGCGCAAAGUCUAAUCUCUGGCAGACCGUACAAGCCAUCAAGGCACAGGUUGUGCAUCUCUUCGACCACGGAAGUCAAGGUGCAAAGCUCGCCGUCAUCAAGUGCUACCAGCGCAUCGUUCAAACCCAGUCGCGCGCAUCCUCGGAUCCUCGAGCUCAGCUCAGGAACGAUGUCAGCCUCAGUAGCGUUCCAACAUCACAUCCUUUCCUCAAUGCUGCCAGCCUGGAAGAAGAGGGCAACCGUCUCUUUGCCCAAAUCGUCACCUUGAUUUUCACAAGCGACGUCACCGACCUCAUCAUGGCCUCGGUCAACUCGUUGGCGAUCCUCGCCAAGGCGCGUCCCCAGCUCGGUUCUGUCAUCCUGCGCGCCAUGACUACAUGGACUCCGGCCAGCCUCACCAACCUCUCCCACACCCAAAUACGCAACGUUGAGAAAACGGUUCGCGUGUUUUAUCUUCACUGCAGGCGUUUCCAGCUCGCUGGUCCCGAGGCUACUGCAAUUCAAAAGGCUCUUGAAACGCAGCAGCGUCGUAUGGAGGAGGGCGCCAAGGCGUACCAAGCACAGAAGGAGGCCGAAGCCAAGCGAAAGCGCGAGCAGAUCGACGGAGAGCUCGAAGACACCAAAAGAAUCAAGCUCGAGCAUCAUCAACAAGGUCAGGCAGAGGCAUCUGCAUUUGCAUCUGCAUCCCAACAAAAUCAUCCAGCAGCAGGCGAAGCUUUCCGCUACGCUUCCGUCAAGACAACAGGCGGGGUUGAGCGCAACCCUCUCGCCGCUUUCGAUGUCCAGACGCUUCCCCUUGCGCUCGUCAUUGACCUCAUCAUCGCCAAUCUGCAAGCGCUCUCUGAUCACGAUCUCCAAACUGCCAUUGCUAACAUGCGCGCUAACUUGCCUCCGGACGCUUUCGCAUCGCUGCAGCCAAUACAAUCUUCUGCAGGUCAAACACAAAUGCCACCACCGCCGGGUCCUGCUCCAGGUCCUGCUCCAGGUCCACCGCCGCGACCGCCUCCCACGAACACAGUUCCAACAAUAGCCAAUGGCGACGGUACAACAGCAUACGUCAAAACCGAGACAAACCCAGAAGACAGCACAAGUCUGGAUGCUGCCAAAGAUAUCGUUCAGGACCCUCUCCAGAUGGACAUGGCAGAGGCAGAGGAGGAUCUCGAAGCAUUGGAAGCAAGCGGUCGCGAAAGGAAACAUCGACGCGGUGCGCAGACAGCAGAGGAGGAUGAAGAAGAAGAAGAAGAAGAGGGAGAAGGAGAAGGAGAAGAAGGAGAGGAAGGAGACGAACUUUCGUUGGCGGUCAUCGAGAACUUUGCACUUGCACCACCAGAGUAUCUCUCCCUCAGCGAAUCCGACACCCUCAUCAAAGAUACAAUUGCGAGAAUAUGCGACUUUGGCUCGUCUGCAUCGUCAGCACUUGACGCCAGUCCAGCUGUACAGUCUGAAGCAGCUUCUCAGGCGCUUUGGUCUUCUUUGGUCAUCCGUCUCGCGACACGCGGGUUUGCUGAGCCGCCUUAUCCUGACAUGGAAUCAUCGAUGCAACCCCAGCCGAAGAUUGUGGGUGGACUCGAGCCGACGCGAACACUCUCUGCACAGGCCGACAUUAUUCGCACCUUGAUGCUCGAAUUCGCCAAGGCUGACUUUGCGCGUCGUACGCGAUUUGUUGUCUCAUGGAUGGCAGAAGAAUGGUUCUGCGAUCGAGUUCAUCGAAAGCAAGCUGCCUCAGCUGGCAUCGCAAGCAAAGAUCAAUAUCCGAUAUGGCUCGAGAAGCUCGUGCAAGCGUGGAUUCCCACCAUUGAUGCAAAAGACCGUUCGCUUGCCAAAUUUCUUGCUGACCUGCCUGAAAUCCCACCUACAGUGCUCGAUCUUGUGGCAGCGCUUAGCAAGGACAAGGUGAAGAUGGUAGCGGGCAUGUCGACGUUGCAAGACAUUUGCAUCUCGCGUCCUGCGCUGCGUGAUCAGUCGGCGCAAAAGCUGCUGCAAUUGACCAGGACGAGCGACCGAAGUACGAGGGCUCGAGCGAUUAUUGCGAUCAAGCAGUGCGCGGUUGCGAAUACGACUCUCGAAGCUACGAUUCUGGCUUUUGCUCGUAGCAACUUGGAUGUGCUGAUCGAAACUCCGCAGCCGGCGGAGGCGGCGGAAACCGAGGAGGAGCAGGCCGAAGGAAAGACGACGACCGACGCCAAUGGCGCGAACGGAUAUAUAAAACCAGACGAAGAUGCUUCGAAGAGCACGCUCGCAGACGUCGCCCAAGAGGAGGAGCAGCCAGAAUCCACACAUCCGACCAACACCGAGGACGUGCUCCGCUUUGUCGAACUGCCAUUCUCCUUGUGCACCAAGAUCCCCGACAUGCUCGACGAGAUCUUCCUCGCGUAUCCACGCACACCUCGGUUCGUUCAGCAAGCCAUCGAGACACACAUUGUGCAGCUCAUCCGUGCACUCGGACCAUCGCAUCCGCGACUUGUCACGUUGCUGCGCAACUUUCCCGCUGGCGCCGACUCGCUGGCGCUGUGCAUCCUCAAGACGCUGACCGAGAAAUCUCGCACGCCGGCGAUUGUUGAGCUGGUGAAGGAGUUGGUGGAUUCGCGAGAUGUGGAUCCGCGCUUCCUGGUGCCCAUCAUGGCAGAUCUGGACAAGGCCGAGAUCAUGAAGCGCUUGCCGCGCGUGGUGACGAUUCUUGCAUCGAGAGCACCCGAGGACCGGGCAUUGAUCAAGUCUGUUUUCCAGAGUAUCGUCCAGAUGCCGCCGCAAGGGUUUGGCUCAGUAUCUUCCAAUCUACCACGCGUGCGAUCGACCGAGCUUCUCACGCCGGUGGAGCUGAUGGGUCUGCUCCACAAUUCGGAACGAGAGAUCGGGCUCAAGAAUACGGUCGCCGCCAUCCAGAUUUGUUUUAGCAUGACCGACGUCUAUCGGUCCGAGGUACUGGCUGCGGUGCUCAAUCAGAUUGCAGAGGAGCCUUCGCUGCCGAUGCUCUUCAUGCGCACGGUGAUCAUGGCCGUGUCGACGUACAAGUCGCUCUCGGGCUAUGUGGCGAGGAAUUUGCUGUCGAGAUUGAUUACCAAGAAGAUCUGGUUGAACGGUCCGUUAUGGGACGGCUUUAUUCUGUGUGCUAAGCAGACGGCGCCGAGCAGCUUUGGUGCGUUGAUUCAGCUGCCACGCGAGCAGUUGAGGGAGGUGGUAGGUAGGCAGCCCGAGUUGAGGACCGGAUUGGUGGAGUACUUGACCGGAAAGGCGGGUGGCAAUCGGGCCAGGUUGGCGAGUUUUAUGGACAUGCUGGGUCCAGAGCCGGGCAGUGCUGAUGCGGACGCGGCGGCGGCGCGCGAGGACCCCCGCGAUCCAUCUGCGUAG